UCGGCACUUGUCACUUGGCAGAACUGCGGAGUGCGGAUUCCUUCCUUCCAUUUUAAUUUCUAGUUCACGAAAAGUGCAGUCGUUUCGUGCGAAGUUGGAGUUUAAAUAAUUUUGUGAAAUAUAAUCGAAUAAAGAUGGCCUUUCUCGUUACAAAUAUACGCAGAUGCAUUUGCCUGAAGAGUUUUAGCAGCCCGAACAUUAUCCAAACCGCAUCAUACCAUGCCAAUGUGAUUGAUCACUAUGAGAAUCCUCGUAAUGUUGGUUCUUUGGACAAAAAAGACAAGAAUGUUGGCACAGGAUUGGUUGGCGCUCCAGCAUGUGGUGAUGUCAUGAAGUUACAGAUCAGAGUAGAUGAAAAUGGAAAGAUUAUUGAUGCUAAAUUCAAGACCUUUGGAUGUGGAUCUGCUAUUGCCUCCAGCUCAUUGGCUACGGAGUGGGUGAAGGGGAAGACAGUUGAUGAAGCUUUGAAACUGAAGAAUACAGAUAUUGCAAAGGAGCUGUCUUUGCCACCAGUCAAGCUACAUUGCUCUAUGCUUGCCGAAGACGCAAUUAAGGCAGCUUUAUCAGACUACAGGAUCAAACAACAAUCUGGCGAAAAACAGUGAAUGAAAAACGAUGAUAUGAUUGGAGGAGAAAGGGAACAGAUCUGUGAUUUUAGUAAGAAACGUAAGGAGGCAGGACUAGUAUCUAUUACAUUAUUAGAAGUAAUUGUAGGUACUGGAGGAAGAGAAUUAAAUUCAGUUGACUCCACAUACUAGAUCAGCACUCAAAAUGUUUCAAAUUAGUUGUAAUGUGUUAUUGUAACUCAUAAAGUAUACUGGAC